AUGUCACCGACAGAUUCCUCUUCCUCUCCACCGUCGUCGUCGUGGAGGUUGUUUGAAGAUUACGGUGACAAUGACGAUUACGAUCUAGUGGAUGAUGAGGAUGAAUCUGAUGAUGAACGUGAGAUUACUGAUGAAGAGCUUCAGCAAUAUAAGGCUGCUUUUGAAGCCAGCGAUGGUUUUGAUGUUCCAUCAUUCCCUGGCGUUUUUUGUCGCUGUCUAGUUACACCCGUUGUCUUGGAUGCGUAUACUCGUGAAACCCUCAACCCGCUUUGUGUUGCUGCCAUGGAUCACUACAAUUAUGAAAAGAAAACAGACUAUCAGUUUCUGAAGUUGGAAAAAGCAAAUGCACAGGGUGCCCGGGGUCUUCUUUACUAUUUAACCUUUCGUUUUGUGGGGGAUUCCUGA